GUCAGGGAUGUCAUAAUGGACGGUCCAGAUCGCAACAGCGACGCGUACUACACGUAUUUGGACGCUGUGGAUCGGCUGAACGGUGCAGUGCGGUUCAUUGAGGAGGAGCUGCGCAACGGGCGGUACCUGAUCAUGAGGGCCAUGGAGAAUGUCAAGGCGGACUUCCACGGGCUGCUCGCGGAUAGCAGCCUCUUUCCGGACCUGGACGAGCUUCGGGAGGCGAUGCUGUCGGAGGAGUCGCCGGACCAGAUCACGCCCCCUGAGAUGAUUGCCGAGGCUGCGCUGCCGAAGCUGCACGCCAUGGCUCGGCGGCUUGUGGAGAACAGUUGCGCGACCGACUGCACUCGUGCUUACAAGGAGAAAAGAGAGGCAGCGUUGAGGAGGAACUUCCAGCGGCUGGGCGUGCAGUCGAUGACCAAGGCGGAGAUUCACAGCACCCCGUGGCCGCAGCUGGAGGAGCGGAUGAGACGGUGGAGUGAACACAUGCACAUUGGGAUGAUUCUGGUGGCGGGGGAGAGGGAGGCGUGUGACGAGGUGUUUGACGGGCUGGGCCCCUACGGCGAGCAGUGCUUUGUGGACCUCUCGCGCUCCUCCAUGCUGCUGCUCGCCGGCUUUGGCGAGGCCGUGAGCGAGAUCAAGAAGACCCCUGAACGGCUGUUCUCGUUCCUGGACAUGUACGAGACGACUCUCGACCUCAAGUGCACGGUGGACGAGCUAUUUAAAGGACCUGAGGGCGAGAUGAUGCGGAGGGAGUACCAGCACCUUCUCAAGACCCUUGGGCAAGCAGCGAGGGCGACGUUUGAGAAGUUUGAAGAGGCUGUGAAGGCACCGCCGACGCCAGAGGAGGGCGGGCCGGGAGGAGGAGGGGGGUAUCCCGCUCUUGCCAGCCCCACUGCCAGCGAGAGUGGGAGAGGAGGGUUUGGACGGAGUGAGCUGCGCGGAGGGGGGCUUCUGGGACGGCUGAAGAAGAUGAUGCACAAGGGCGAUGACUCAGCAAGUGAGGUGGCGUCGAUGACGUCCACGUCAGCUGCUGCCGCCCACUCCACAGGGGACAUCCACCCAAUCACGAGCUACGUGGUCAACUACCUUCUUCUGCUCUGCAACAGCGAGCUGCCCUACUUCCAAAUACUCGAGUGUGUGUUUGAGGAUAUGGUCAGCAACGCCAGCGACUCAGCAGCCAGUAUCGUGACGCCACGUGUGCAGGGCCGGCUGGCAUUCGCCGCCGCCCGCAUCGUGGACGCACUAAAGACGAACCUCGGGCAGCGGGCGGUGAUGCUACGAGACGAAACGCUGGCCGAGCUCUUUAUGAUGAACAACCUCGCAUACGUGCUCACUAAGAUUGAUGCGUCUGAUGCCGGGCGGCUGCUUGGUACGGCAUGGAUCGGCACAUAUGGAGCGAUGGUGGACAAUCACAGGGACAAAUUUAUCAUGCACACACUCGCCAAGUUCGACGUGGUGUUCUCCUCGGAUGACCGCCUCGACUCCGCCUCCCUCGUCAAGCGUCUCAAGACGUUCAACAUCAUCCUGGAGCAAAUGAGGCAGCGCCACAUGGCAUGGACCAUCACCAAUCGCGAGCUGCGCGCGCACGCCAAGACCCUCAAGGCCAAGACCCUCAAGGCCAAGACCCUCAAGGCCAAGACCCUCAAGGCCAAGACCCUCAAGGCCAAGACCCUCAAGGCCAAGACCCUCAAGGCCAAGACCCUCAAGGCCAAGACCCUCAAGGCCAAGACCCUCAAGGCCAAGACCCUCAAGGCCAAGACCCUCAAGGCCUGCUGGACAAACACCGCGAGUUCAUCAUCCGACACGGGAAGUGGGCUGGUUCCAUCCAACUUUUGCUUUCUUCCGCUCUCGCCCAACACUCUUCCUCUCCCUCUCCAACUCACUCCUUACCUUCACCUUCUCAUUCCCUCCCUCUGCAGCAACAUUCUGCGCAACCAGCGGUCACUGGACGUGCGGGUGCUGGCGUGUGAAGAGGUGGAGACGAUGCUUGCAGAUUCCUUCAGCAGCGGUCCCGUGGGGAAGCACAAGUGA